UUCUCAUAACGGAUUCUAAUGUGACAUGAUAAAGUCGCGAACAUCUUUACCGACGAGAUAUUAACCUCUUUUCACCUGGGGUUUAGCAACCUUACACCAGUAUCUAUCUGAUGAGAGGUUAGGUAGUGCGUCAUGGAUUCCAACAAUUUCAGAAAAUUUUUACGUAAAUUGAAAUAAAACAAUGAAGAAAAGGAAAUAGGAGAAAAAACGGGUUAUUGUAUCCCAAAGAGAAAUAACAGAUAUCCGUAAAAAGAGAAGAGAUUAUUAUAGAGACGAUUCUUGCAUGCCUGGAACAGACCGCGUCAUAUUAAUACUAACAAAUAGGCGCCGAAAUAAUACCGUUCGUGAGAUAUAAGAUAAAUAUUUGAUUUCCAUGCGUCUGUUUGCCUUGGUUCCGGUGAGCUUAACGUCACUUUGCGGAAUAAACUAAAUGUGUUUGCGUUCACAAUGUGUCGGAAGUAAGAAUGCAAACAAUGUUGCAAGCUCGUUGGGAACGUUCUCAGAAACGCAAGAAGCUCUUGGCUCAAACGCUAGGAGUUUCCAGCGUGGAUGAACUGCGACAAAUUCUGGGAACCGAUGUGGAAGAUGUGCAGAGGAAGAGGAGCAGAUUAUCUGGUGACAAAACCGAUGGGACGAUCAAGGAUUUGAAGGAUGAUGCAGUGCCAACAGACGAGAUUGUGUACAAGGAUUCCUCGACAUUUCUCAAAGGAACGCAGUCGUCGAACCCGCACAAUGACUACUGUCAACACUUUAUCGACACUGGCCAACGGCCGCAGAAUUUUAUUAGAGACGUGGGUUUGGCGGACCGAUUCGAGGAGUAUCCAAAGUUGCGCGAGUUGAUCAAGCUGAAAGACGACUUGAUCGCGGAAACCGCGACCCCGCCAAUGUAUCUAAAAACAGACCUGCUGUCGUAUAACUUGAAAGAGCUCAAUUGUAAAUUUGAUGUCAUUCUUAUAGAGCCACCUCUGGAAGAGUAUCAGAGAACGUGCGGCGCAACGAAUGUGCAGCUUUGGAACUGGGACCAAAUAAUGGAACUAGAUAUUGGUGAGGUGGCUGCCAAUCGGAGCUUCGUGUUCUUGUGGUGCGGUAGCAGCGACGGCCUGGACAUGGGGCGCUUCUGCCUGCGUAAAUGGGGUUUCCGUCGCUGCGAGGACAUAUGCUGGAUUCGUACCAACAUCAAUAAUCCAGGUCACAGCAAGAACCUAGAUAGCAAGGCGGUGCUGCAGAGAACGAAGGAACAUUGUCUGAUGGGUAUAAAGGGAACAGUGCGACGCUCUACGGACGGCGACUUUAUUCAUGCGAAUGUGGACAUUGAUCUCAUCAUAUCGGAGGAGCCUGAUUACGGAUCGAUCGAGAAACCCGUGGAGAUCUUUCACAUCAUUGAGCACUUCUGCCUCGGCCGAAGAAGGUUGCACCUCUUCGGUCGUGACAGCACCAUCAGGCCGGGCUGGCUCACCGUUGGCCCGGAAUUGACAAACACGAACUUCAAUGCGGAUCUCUAUCAGAGUUACUUCACUAACGGUCAGAUUACUACCGGCUGCACCGAGAGGAUAGAGGCACUCAGGCCGAAAUCGCCACCGCCCAAGGGCAAGGUGUCCGGCCGUGGUAGAGGAGGCUUCAAUCGCGGCAGAGGCAGAGGGAGAUAAACCCGGAACUCUACGCGUUUUUCAAUUAUUAUAAUAGAUGUAAAAAAACAGAUAUGAAGAUCAUUACCGAUGCACGUACGUUCUCUAUUUAUAUUCUAUAAAUAUUCUAUAAUCUUGAAAUUUAUUUAAUUUUUGGACUUUAGACUUAAAUUCUUCAAUUCUUAAAGUUAAUUCAAUGUUUCUUGUGAUUCAAGAUUUUGAAAUCCGAAUUACUCUGUUUACGAUAAACAGUUCUAUUAUAUUAAGCUUUGAAGUUUCAUGUAACACUUGCUUGAAAUUACUCACAAAAUGUAAGACCUUUUUAUACAUUUACAUUUGAAAUAUUUGAUUUGUCGAAA